GCGGGUUGUUUUGUUCAGCGACUUUGCUGUGAAAGUGGUGCGGAAUGUAUCAUUCACAUAACGUGUCAUGCUUUUAGGCAGAAGCAAUCAUUCGGAUCUUUUCUGUGUGCCUGUCAGUUGCAUUUAGCCGAGGACGUCGAGAAUGCGCUGGACAGUUUUGCUUCAAUGGACGGAGCUGCCAUCGUGCUGAAAAUUAUAGCACCCAUUCAGGAACGAUCCAUCCAGAGCAUGGGAAGCAGUGCCCUCUCGAUAACCUCUGUGCAGGGUACGCCAUGGAAUUGAAGCGUAGGCAAUGUCCACUCGAGUCCGUGGCCAGAGUCCCUCGUACAACAGGGUGCACCAGACACUCACCAUGUGCCGGGCACUGGACAACAUUCUGUGGACGUACUGGAGCAGAAUUCAGUGGGAACCAUGAAGUUAGAAGCUUUCAGAAAAGCAUACAGUUUCUACAGUCUGUUACAAUGUGCAGUUUAGCAUGGACUUUAUCUGUUGUGCUGCCUUGGAUGGACAACCAUCCUAGAGUAUUUUUGGAAGAGCAUGCCAAGACGUUGGAGAGUCAUGCAUGUUUUGUGCCACUGAGACAUAAUGUGGAAUUGAGGUUUCCAAUACUGUGCAAUACAUCCAAAACCCUGAGACUGAGGGACACAAUCCAACGACACCAGUUCGCCUGCGUCACUGUCACCUUAUAUUAUUCUCUUACAUAAGUCUGAAGUCAUGAGUUCAGGUAACUGAAGAAUCAAGAAGCCCCAGUAGUCACGUAGCAUGCCCUAUGUUUUGCAAUUACAAAAACGACAAGUAAUUGGUACUAUUUCAAAUA